UAAAAAUCUGGUAAUUACUUCGAAACUUCUUUUUCUACUGAAACCCUAAUCUAAACAAGGAGGAGGAGGAAGAAGAAGAAGAACAAUGAAGAGAGUGUUCGGCGUUAAGAAAGAAAAGCAACCCCCUCCUUCCGUUCAAGACACCUCUGAUCGGAUCAAUAAAAGAGGUGAAACAGUAGAUGAGAAGAUAAAAAAGCUUGAUGCUGAACUUGCUAGAUUUAGAGAACAGAUCAAGAAAACCCGACCUGGUCCUGCUCAAGAAGCUGUCAAAGCUAGAGCCAUGAGGGUCCUCAAGCAAAAGAGAAUAUAUGAAGGACAACGUGACAUGCUCUACACUCAAACAUUCAACUUAGACCAAGUUUCAUUUGCUGCCGAGGGAAUUAAGGAUGCUCAACAAACAAUGUCAGCACUGAAAUCAGCAAACAAAGAGUUGAAAGGAAUGAUGAAGACUGUGAAGAUUCAAGAUAUAGAUAACUUGCAAGAUGAAAUGAUUGACCUGAUGGAUGUGAGUAAUGAAAUUCAAGAGUCUCUUGGUAGAAGCUACAGUGUACCUGAUGACAUUGAUGAGGAAGAUCUCAUGGGUGAGCUUGAUGCUUUGGAAGCAGACAUGGGGAUGGAGACUGAAGGUGAAGGGGUGCCUGCAUAUCUUCAACCUGAUAAGGAACCUGAUCUGGAUUCAGAACUCAACUUGCCUUCAGCACCAUCUGGGCAUGCAGCAGUUCCAGCAGGCAGAUCCAAUGCUCAGGCUGAGGAUGAACUGGGUUUACCUGCUGUCCCUCGUUCAUCAAUUCGUGGUUAGAGAGGGAGUUGGCUAGGUUGAAGGGUUCGUUUGCCAUCUCUUGGGGAUCUAUUCAUUCUCUCAGAGGGAUUAUGCCGGAGCUAGCUAUUGUAAACAUAUGUGCAUCAUAUAACUUUGCUUUCUAUAGCGAUCGCUAAUACUUCAAAUAAUUUGGAGAUAUUUCAUGAUAGGCAACACUUGAAACUUUGAUAUGGACCUACGAAAAUGGGAGUAAAAACAUCAGGGAAAAAAAAAUAGUCGUUACUAUACGAAGAUACGAAAUGAAAACGGCAAAAAUUUCAUUUGGAUUAUGGGGUUUUACUCUUAUUUAUUUUGGUGAUUAGAGUUUAUGAAGUUGUGUUUCUUCUGCUGUUAACUGUACA